UGAUCACCUGUUGCGUGAAGUCGUUCAACCCUGACUAUUCGCUGCAGGCCGUUGAGAGUGAAUGUCCUGAGCUGGACAGGAGAUAUUCUAUGUUUUUUCUGCUGAAUGGAUAUCGACGAUUUCGGUGACGAGUUCGAUGACUUUCAACUCGAUGCAGAAUCACUCAAGGUACUCCAGGACACUGAAGAUCGCUACACACUCUACUCUCAAUCUUCAGCACACCCUGCUGUGAAAAGGGAGCAAACAUAUCAGCCUAUUCCUCGUUCGAAACCGCCCCCUUCUUCUAAAUCUACUCGUCCUCUCAUUAAACGUGAAGGGGAAGAUGACUCACUCCCCGAUGUGUCCGUCAACAAUGACGGGACGUAUUCCUUUCAACCUACCCAAAAAUCCGUUAGGCAGCCCCCGCCGUCAACCAGGGUAACUACAGGCCUUUUCCCCCAAGCGCCGGAAACUUCACUACCAAAAUCAUCGACGCCCCCACAGCGUCCCCGUGGCUCCUUUGUGCCACCGGCCAAUGCAGGCGCUUUCACGCGCUCCAUUGCACCAUUACCUAAAUACCGUGAUUCUGCAUCUACAUCAGACCCUCAACUUCCCAAUGACGCGAAAAUUGAUGCCUCGACUCCAAGGGCUCCAGUUCCGGAUCGUCACCAGACGACAAUAGAUCCUUCAAGACCACCACCAGCGCCUCAUGUUAAGCGUUCAGGUGUUGAUACUACCCAAGCAUCGCGUAUUGCUGCGUCAGAGCAUUCUAACGCUGCGAUGGAGCAAAUGCGGAAAGAGAUGGAACUGCUUCGCGCAGAAAAGGAGACAAUGGAGAAGUCGUUGAAAGAUGCAAAGAACGCGACACUUGUGCGCGACGGAGAGAUCGCUACUUUACGAAGGACAAUGGAAAAGCAAACUGCAGUGCAUACAGAGACUCUAGACAAGAUUCGUGCGGAGAAAUCGUCUAUUGAGAAUAAGAAGGCUGUGAUGGAAGCGGAACUGAAUGCAGAGAUGGAGCGCCUGAAGAGCAAGCUUAUAUUCAAGCAACAAGAAAUUGAAACGGCUUCCAUGCGAUAUCUGAAUGGCCCUCCAUCGACUGCUCGCAAACAUCGCAAUGUACCGCCGUCUCAACUGCAAACGCCCGUUCAACCACGGACUUCGUCCAGUCGAGGAAAUGUAGAUGUGUCGCCUUCCAUAGGAAGGUUUACAACUCCGAUGCAUCGUCGGGUCCUGCCUAUAGAAAAGAGUGACGCCAAGAAAGAAAAUUCACCGUUCCCGGGUUUUCUUGACUCGUUCCAGUCUCGCGGAGUCAAAAAAUCACCGAGCAAGAAGCCAGUUGGAGCUCUGGUGGCAGAUGAUGAUCGCCCGCCCAUGCCUAGAUCAUCCCAAGAGUACCUUGGUUCAGAUGACCCCUUCCAGGACCAUCUGACUGCUCCGGUGCAAGACGAAGAUAUGGAGGACUCAGUUUCCCAAUCUCCUAGAGAAGCACCAGUGAGAUGGGGCACAAACUGGCCCGAGGAGUUACAUAAUUUGGUAUUUACUCACUGUUCACUGCUCCCAGGAUCGAGGACACCACAAGUCACUAUUCAAAUCCUACUAUCAGCAGCCAUUCCCACAGACGACGGGGUGUCGCGCUAUAACCGAUACGUCAAGGCAUGCGGAGAUCUGUUCACGUCUUUUGGCACCAUUGGAAGCCAUGCUUCUCGGGACCCGAACCCGGAGGAAGAUGGUCAAUAUCAGCAUUUGGUUAGAGACGUUGGGGCCAGCCUUUUAGGUAUGGCCUAUGUCUUCCUCGAAACGAAUAUGGUUUUAAACAUUCAAUGCCUCUUACGACUGUUGCAGACUGUCGUCUAUGCCCUCCCUUCCUUUCGCGAAUAUUUGCUCACGACCCCCCUGUCGCCCGAUGAACCGCGAGCGCUGCAUGAAGUACUCUGCGUCUAUUUGCGGGAACAUCCCGAACAGGACAUCCCCCUUCAAUCUCCAUACGGAAUUGAAGGGGAAGGCUUCACGGCCGAUGUGCUCGGGGUGCUCGAUGCUCUGUUAUGGACAGUUCCAAACUCGCGCAUUGUCAAUCUUGAAUGCUUCACAAGCGACGUGACACUACUUUCGAAUCUCUUACAGCCAUCGCAACCCCACUGGCUCAUUCUAAAGACAACGAGACUCCUGGUGUUUUUAUCGGCCCACGUCCAACUUGUUCCUUCACUAAUUGAGAGGUCCAAGAAUAAGCCAUCAGGCCCCUCUCAUCAUGUCGAUGCAAUGCUGCGGUACAUACAUAAAAUUGACACCGACAUAUCACUAAAGAGCGGUUGCGACCUAAUUCACACCAUCUUAAUCUUUCUCACAAAUAUAUGUGUUCUGCAUGGUAAAGUGGAAGCCAUGCGUACCAACUUCCCGAACCUCGUUCCGUCACUCCUUUUGUGCCUUACGGAAAUAUCUAAUCGAUUCUGGCGUGAUGACGAAGAGACGCGCACAGGAUCUGAAGGAGAUAUGGAUGCGUUGAUAAACAUCCUUAUUCCAAGUCUUAACCUUUUUCACUAUCUUUUCUACGGAAUAGAAUUCGAUUCUCAUUCCUUGGCGGUUGACUUGCGUAAUGUGCUACUUCAAGCAUCUAUACUGCCCCCGUUUAACGGAAUUGAUCAUUUGUACAUCGUGACGAUGGCCCGGCUGGGAUACGCAGAUGUUCCCGAUUGGCUUGGCCCGCAAAGAAUUCUCGUUGUCGAAAAUAUUCAAGCUGUUGCGCGAGAGUUGCUCGAGAUCUUCGUUGAUGGUCCAGAGGGUGAUCUUGUGGUCUCCACUUACGACCCCGAUGACUUUGUCCCAAGUCAGAAGCAAGAUGAAACACAGGAAGAAACGCUGGAGGACAGUUUUGGUGACAUCAUGGACCUUGAUCCUUAAGCACACAAUUUUCUAUACGCUUGCUAUUUUCCAAGUGGUUCAAUAGGGGUAUAUUUUAUCUCGUUCUCCUUUUUGCACUAUCUUUAUUGCUGUACUUUAUUUCACAUGUAUCCUUUACGAUUAUACACCUUCAAGCAACAAAGGCGCAACCAGUGCACUUAGC